ACCACGCCGGAGGUGGCGCUUGAGCGGCCGAGGGGGGAGGCGGCGGCUGGGCCCAGCGCCGAGGGGCCCGCCUCGCCCCGGGUGCCUCUGGUGGUGGAGGAUGCGCUGCAGACCAACCUCAACCCGCUGCUGCUGGAUGCGGAGGACAACCUGCCGCCGCGCAAGGAGAACCCGCUGCCCGACCCCAAGUUCAUCAUCUCCAUCGAGAGCUUCACCGUCACGCACGGCCAGAUGAAGGAGCGCGGGCCCACCUACAUCAACCCGCGCCAGGGCUCCUGCAUCCCGCCCUCCCUCUCCUCCUUCUCCUGGCCCAUCGAGGUCUGGGACCUGGUCACCGG